AGCGCAACCAAUUUGCUGUAGUCGAGGUUUCUUUACGGACUUCAUUUUUCAAAAAGCAGUUCUGUGAGAAAGGACGAUGGUGACAGGCGCACUGUAAACAGUCUCACCCUGCUACGUCUUGAGCCGGUGCGAAAAAAGGACCCCUAUAGAACGGGAAAAACACGACGCCCGUUCUCUGGCGUUUCUAGGGUUACGUCAUUCCCUUCCUCUUCUGUCCAUUCUCGGCGGGAUGUUCGUUUCCUGCGAUGGCUGCGAGCGCCCUGAAUUGAAAGGAUUCACGCUCCUGAUGCCAGCUGUAUCAGUGGGGAAUGUUGGCCAGCUGGCUGUUGAUUUAAUCAUUUCCACACUUGGGAUGAACAAAAUUGGUUACUUUUAUACUGAUUGCCUUGUGCCAAUGGUUGGCAGUAAUCCAUAUGCAACCACAGAAGAUAAUUCAACAGAAUUGUGUAUAAAUGCUGAAGUGUAUGCAGUGCCUUCCAAAGAGCUAGUGGCUCUACAGAUAAGAUCACCAUUCAUAAAGAAUAAAUAUAGGCACUUCUGUCAUGCGUUGCUGGCCUGGGUGAAAAGCUGCACCUUUGCAAAAGUUGUUCUUUUGUCCAGCAGUCAUGCUUACCAGCGUAAUGAUCAUCAACUUCACACUACUUCACUGAGAUACUUGCUUUCACCUGCUGUUCCGAAAACAGUUCGAGAUCUCAUACAAAGAUUGAACUGGAGAGAACUGGAGAAAGUGUCAGCUUUCCCUGAAGUAAAUGAAGAGGAGAAAGUACUCCAUAUUCCAGGAGGUGGCAUCACAAAGCUGUUGUUUACUAAAAGUUGUUCAGAAGGAAUUCAAAUGGUGGUUUUGCUGAAAUUUUGCUCAGAGGGGGACAAUAUUCCAGAUGCAUUUGUUCUUGUUGACUAUCUUAAUGAAUGGCUUCAAGUAACUACAAACCAAAGUGGCAGUUCUCCAGCUACAUCUUCCAAAUGGAAAACACCAAGUUCCUGGAAACUCCUCUUUGGCAGUGGCCUUCCACCUGCAUUAUUUUAGAUUCAUUUAUUUAUAGCCAACUUGUACAAAAAUUGAAGCUUUCUGUUUUGAUUUUGAUAUAAGCAGCAAUUACCACUGUGGACCCUUGUGUAAAAUAUAAUGGCUGAGAUCCAGUUAAGCUGACACUUCAGCAUGUUUCAAGGAAGACAUAAAGUAAACCAUAAGUACUCAGUGUUUUUCAAAAGAACUGCUGGUUUACCUUCUCUCAAACUUUAAAACAUAUCAGACUUUUUAAAAUUACUUAAAACAAUUUUUCUGGCCUUGGCCAAGCUAUCUGGGCAACAUUAAUAAAAUCCUCCUACACACACUGACUUUGCAAAGUAUUCCACCAUUACCAUCCACUAAUUGGCAGUGUAUUCUGUAGGUAUCAGAUAUUCCCACCUAGCUGCAGCAACCAGAGCUCCUAGUGCAAAAGGGAAAGCAGUCUUGACUUUUCUGACAUUUCCGUAGGGCUAGAACAUCCCCUGAAUUAUUCAUCCUUGCUGCCGGUUUAUAGAAAAACUUUCUUACUGAAACAAGACAUUCUGCAUCACUAUAAGUUUUUGUGAUAGAGAAUGACAAAGAAAGUGAUGCCAUAGAGAACUAAUACCAUUGGAAAAGAUGUCUACCUAUGUUAAGGAAGCUAAAACAUGACAUCUUUGCAUGUGAACAAGCUAUGGGUUUUGUAAUCCAUUCUAGGACAAGAGUUUAGAGAAUCUAUUAUGUUUGCUAAUUUCCCCUGGAAUUGCAUGUUUGCAUAGGGCUUAAUGCCUUUUUAUAGGUUAAAAAAGUGAAUAAUUGACUUGUGUCCUAGAUCAGCAUUAAGCAUGUGUGAUCUUCAUCCUAUUUCAGAGGAAGCUCAGGAGGCAAUCUGGAAUGGUUAUUUUGUACAGUUCUAGAGUUUAAAUUUAAAAUAAAGACAUGUUAAACUCUGAGCUGACUGAUAGUAUAUAGUGAAAAGGAGGUAUGAUGUCUAGAAAAUUCCAGUAAAUGCUGGAGCUAGAAAUAACGUGGAGAAAUAGGAGCAGAUUUCCAUGUGUAGUUACAGCCAGCAGGGGAUAAGUAUACCAGCGGAUUAAAGAGAUAAUUGUUAAAUGUACAUCUUCUGCAAGGAGAAGGAUGCCAUACAAAUGAAAUUAAUAAAUAAUAAAUUGAAAUGCAAGGGG